AUGAGCGCCGGCGACGGCAGCGGGCGUGCGCUCGGUCGGUGGUGGUGGGAUCAUGUGGUGUUGUAUGUACUGGCCGGCUUGGAGCUGCUGGUGCAGUUGUGGCAUGAUUUGGUGCUGGCACAUGGAUGGGAUCGAAAGAUUGAGGCUCAGUUGCCGGACGUUCACGGCCAGUGCAUCGUGGUCACGGGUGGCUGCACUGGGCUGGGCCACGAAGUCAGCCGGCUCUUGGCUCAGCGUGGCGCGCUCGUCCUGGUGGGUUGCCACCACCACAGCGGCGGGAACAUCUGUCCUUGCGACGUGCAAGAGUUUGGUGUGCCUCUACCGCUGGAUCUGAGCUGCCCAGAGAGCAUUGUGACCUUUGCCCGUCAAGUCAAAGUUCGCGCCCCGAACGGCGUGCAUCUCGUCGUUCUCAACGCCGGCGUCCUCCUUGCACCACCGCUGCACGGCUACGAUGCGCAAUAUCUCAUCAACGUUCAUGGCCACGCACAACUACUGCAGCUUCUCACGCUCGCUGCCGGCCCCUCCCAUCAAAGCCGUGUCUUGGCCAUCUCCUCUAGCACCUCGGCCUAUUGGCCCUCCUUACCUACCGAUUACCUACAGCGUGCCAGCCCAGCGACUGGCCCCAAUCCACAGGCGAGAUGGAGCCUGGCUCGGUCUUAUGCCUAUUCAAAAUUGGCAUUGCGGCACAUGGUUGCCGCUUUUGCAGACCGUGCUGAUGUUCGAGCGCUCGUGGCUCACCCAGGCAUCGUUUGCACGCAUCUUUACCGUGCCGUCCCACAACCUCUGCGCUUGGUCUACGAGCUGGCAGCCCCCUGGCUUUUGCGCUCGCCCCGGCAAGGUGCUUUGGCGGUGCUGGCCCCUCUCGUGGCUGCAGCGCUUCCAGCUGCCUCAGAGGCCCAGCUGACACCUGCCCCACAUUUACAUGCCCUUCUGCCGCAAGCUGUUCAACACCGGCUACAAGUGACGCCCCAAGCGCAACUUGGAUCAACCCUGCUCCUGGCUCCAUCGCGAGUGUGCUAG